AUGGCUACCAGGGUCGGGCAAGCCGUCGGUCCGGUCGCGUUCGGUCCCUUGCCACGUCGCCGUGACCAGCCAGCUGGCAGCGGCGCACGCCUUGUGCUGCGAAACAAUGUAGUGCCUCCAAAAAAAACAUUGAAAGCAGCGUCACCGCCGACAACCAAAAACUCUGGCCGCUUUCCAUUGUUCAGUAAGAGCGCUUCGUCAUCGCCUCCUUUGGGACACUACGCUGGCCCGAAGUUCAGCGAGCCACCUUCCCCGGCCGCUUUGCCACGACCGCCAGUUCACUGGAUGUCUUGCGGCGCCUUGCAAGCCGCCUCACCCGAGGUCUGCCUCGAAAUGACCAACCAGCUGAAGACACUCCUCAAAGUGAAUGCUUGA